AGGCCAGGAGGACCGGUCCAAAGACGGUGAGGACGAGGAGGAGACUGAUGAAGAUGGAGGAGAAACCGCCAACAACAAACAGGCCGAUGGAGCCGACAGCGUGGAGGAGAAGGACUCGGAGGAAGAGGAGGAGGAGGAAGAGAAGAAGAUGAAGAAGAAGAUGAAGAUGAAGUAGCUCCUCUGAUGGAGACCAGGAUGAAUGUGAAGAACUUAAAACCUUAACAUCUAAAAUGAGUCAUAACUGUAAAAUCUUUCUUUAAAACAGAACCGCUCAGAACCGGAGACCCGGUGGCUCCUCCUGUUCUCACGCUCAUGGACACGUGACCCAGGUCACGGUCACGUGGUCGCUCUCAAUGCGCUGCCCCCUGCUGGUCCGCUGACACAUAGCACGUCAAGUCAGUUGUAUUUAUACAUCUCAAAUUCAAAUAUCCCGGUAUUGGUCCGGGUCCUGAUCCAGGUCCUGAUCCAGGUCCUGAUCCAGGUCCGGGUCCUGGUCCUGAUCCAGGUCCUGAUCCAGGUCCCCCCGGCAGGUGAGCGGCGGUGAGGCCGUGUGACGUGUUUUACUUCUAUUACAUGUUUAAUAUCAAAGCUUGUGGGUGGGCGGAGCGUUGCUAUAGCAACAUGGCAUCCCAGAGUCAAUGUAAACAACUGUCCAUGUUAUCUUUUUACUUUAUUGUCAUUCAUAUGAGCAGAACACACACGGUUCAAAUGGAUAUAGAAUCUUACCUUCAUUUGGACUCAUGAGUUUGGCGUCUGCAUUCAGCGCUGCUCGGAGUUACGAAGGUAAAGAAUUCACUCUUUAAUAUCCAUUUUAUUUUGAAAAGUGGUUUUUUUUUUCAAACUAUUCAUUCUCGCCAAAAUCUAAAUUGUACAAUAUAACAUUGAACACAUCCUAUCAGGAUGUUCCUUUCCCCCAACUCUGUUUUACUGCUCGUCUUCAGAUCGUUUCUCCGUGUCUGUCGUUGGACUCGCUGUCGAUACGAUCAUCUGAUCUCAUCCAUUUCACUCCAUGUACUUUCUGCCUUUUCUACCUUCCAUCGGUCUGAAUGCAACACCAUGAACGUCUUAACUGUGAUGAUGUUCUAGUGCUUGACAAUAACACGCUGUGCUCCUCGUCAGCCGGCUGGUCAUUUGUGUCUGAAAGGGUGAUUAUUGAUUGUGUCCAGAGGUUUCCUCUCAGGACGUCUUCCACACGCGGGCUGACUCCACGGCACCGUGGCUCAGGACCAGCGCACCGUGCUCCUGGUGAGCGGCCGCCCGCUGGCCAACAACCAUCCUCACUGCUCACCGGGUGCCAGCAGGAAUCAGAGUGGACGAUACCUCAUAAGUGUGUAUCUGGUGUCUCAGUGAAUUAGGGCAUAAGAAACAUCCAAUCAGAGAGCUUUCCUCCUGGUUGAGUCUCAGUGAGACCAGAGCUCCUUCACCCGCCCCGCUGUCCUGUGAACAGCAGAGGUCACAGAGGUCACCAGGGAGGAACUCCACCCACACAGACCCCUCUGGCCACGCCCCUUUUAAGAUGUCAUGUUUAGAACAUGUAUAGAAGCUCAGCGCAGCCACCAGGGUGUCAACCUGCACUGCUGAGCUGAGACAGCAGAACGUUACUGCUCAUGUGUGGGUGUAACAACAAGAAUGGGCUUCCAGGGGGUUGAGGACACAGUCUUCACAUGCAACACAAUGAGAAGCAUCUCUUCCGGGUUGUGUUUAGCAGGUUCAUCUCCAUGAAUAUCAGUGAAAAGUUCAUUCAUUUCAGUAAUUCAAUUAAAAAGUGAAACUACAUCUUGGAGGUCUUCAUGCUUCCCUCUGGCCCAGCACCUGGCUGCACGACCAGAACCACUGCACCUGAUGGGCCAGUGAACUCACCUGACCCGGAGGAUCUAUGGGCUUCUCGGGAGGAAGAUGAACAACAAUGCACACUUCGACCUAUUGACCUGCAGCCCUCCUAAAAACGUGUUUGUGCUUUUCUGUUUAGUGCACAUUUCCCAUUGCAAAAGUUUUUUUAUAUCAACUUGAUUCCGUGUUGCAUAUAAUUACGAAUUAACAAAUUUAUAUUUCCGGACAGUAGUUCGUCAUUACGACAUACGGCGUCUAAUACUUGUUUUCUUGUAUGAGUGCGCUUCCGGUAUUACAGGAAGCGAGUUCUGACCAAUCAGAUCCGACCAAACACGACGCGUCACCCACUCUGCGCCGCCAUGUUUGUUAGUGGCAGAGUGAAGCUGCAGAAGAAGAGCUCCACGUCGAGGGGAGCGGGUCCGGGCCGCCGCCAUGGUCCAGACGUGCUCCGCGUACGGCUGUAAGAACCGGUACCACAAGGACAAAGACGUCUCCUUCCACAAGUUCCCUCUGACGCGGCCCGCCGUGGGCGCCCAGUGGGUGGCGGCCAUGAGGAGGAGCAACUUCCAUCCCACCAAGUACAGCAACAUCUGCUCUCAGCACUUCAGCAGCGACUCCUUCAAGAGGGCGUGCAACAACCGCGUGCUGAAGGAGAACGCCGUGCCCUCGCUCUUCGGCGCCGCCGGCCUCAAGGCCGAGGCCCUGGAGGACCCCUUCCCCUCAGAGAUCCACUUCCCUCUGUCCCUGACCUCUGACCCCGUGGUGGUGGAGGAGGAGGAGCCUGUGAGCCGCCCGCCCGAGGCCCGGUGCGACCCGGUGGCCGUCUCCUGCGACCACAACUACACGGCGGAGGACUCUGCUCGCCAGAAGCAGCGCAUGGAGCAGCUGGAGGAGCAGCUGGCGGCGCUGAGGAAGAAGCUGAAGACCACGCAGCAGAAGUGUCGACGGCAGGAGAGAGAACUCAAGAGACUGAAGGCCUGCGGGGCCCCGAGGACCAGCAGAGACCUGCCGGAGGCCCUGGGGGACGGAUACGUCAUCCUCCCCAAGAACGUCUACUACUCCCUGAAGGGCAUCAAGUGACACCGAGAGGAGCUCCUGGAGAACACCGACCACGCCCUGGUGGACUGGGGGUCUGGUGGACUGGGGGUCUGGUCUCUGGUGGACUGGGGGUCUGGUCUCUGGGGGUCU